AUGGCUGAGCUACAGCCGUCGGACGUCCCCGUGGCCGCCGCUCCACCGCCCUCCGCCGUGGCCGCCGCCGCGUCCACAGCGCCGGCUCCCCCUCCAGCCGAAGCAGCCGCCGCCGCCACGAACAGCGGCGCGGCGGCCAACAGUUUGGGGCAAGGGCUGGCUCCGAAGCGGCAGCGGCGGCCCAGCGUGAGAUUGGGCGAGAUCGGGGAGUCCCCUUACGACGCGCAGCCGCGGCGGGGGCCGAAGACGUGGCGCUUCCACAAGGACCCGUCUCUGGCAGCUAAGACCUCCAAGAUCCGACCCUUAACCAACCUCGUAAACGGCGCCCCCUCGGCCGGGGAUAAUUACGACGAGGCCAACGUGAACGAGGAGAACAAUUUCGGGUUCGAUUUGGGGAAUCGGAAGCCCAAGAUGAAGCAGCAGCGGCCCACCAAGCGGGCGCGCACCAAUUGGACCGCGUCGUCCUCCAAAUUCGACGCCGUGAACGGCGGAAUUGAAGGCGAGAGCUUCUUCCGCGAGGAGAAAGACAACGAAGAGUUCCGCGAUUUCGAGCCCGAGGGCUCCGAGAGCCCAUUGAAAGAGCAGAGCCCGGUUAAUUCCAUGGAAAACCUAGGCCUCCAGUAUUGGGACCGCCGGGCCAAUAGGGCACACCUUUCGGAAAGCCGAGAUAACGAUAAUCUCAACAACGGAGGAAUUCACACCGAAAUGAAUUCCCAGGACCGGAGUUCCGGCGUGAGGGACUGGUUAAUCGGCCUCGGCCUCGGCCGGUACUCCCCCGUUUUCGAGAUACACGAGGUAGAUGACGAGGUUUUGCCGAUGUUAACGUUGGAAGAUCUCAAGGACAUGGGGAUUAACGCCGUCGGCUCCCGCCGGAAAAUGUACACUGCCAUCCUGAAGCUCCGGAAAGGAUUUUCGUGA